AUGGGUAAAAAGGGCGAUCUUUCACCGCGUAAAAAAGCCGAAGUAAAGGCUCUUUUAAAUGCGAAAACAUUUUCGAACCGGGAAAUAUCACGAAGAUUAAAAGUUUCUGAAGCUAGUGUACGACGCAUAAAAAAAGUAAUUGAGUCGGGGGAGGAAUUAAGCCCGAAAAGAAAGAAAAGAUGUGGUAGAAAACCAAUUUUCACUCCUCGGUCAGAGAGAUGUUUGAAGAAAAUUUGUCUAGAAAACAGAUUUGCUACCACAAAGGUAAUAAAAUCACAACUCCAGGAUGCUAGCGUAAAUGCUUCUGAACGGACUAUUCGAAGAAAAUUGAAAGAAUUAGAUUUUAAAGCCUGUCGCCCCGCCAAGAAGCCCAAGUUAACAGCUGCAAUGAAAACAAAGCGACUGAAGUGGGCCAAGCAAUGGUAA